GCCAAUUCUUAUUCUUGUUGCGUUGAAUUGUGUUCAAAUUUAGUUCUGUUUAUCUGGUUGUGGGAUUUAUCUUGAUUGCUGUGUUGUGUUGUAACGGGUUCUUUUCCUGUUUCAUUGCUAUUUUGUGUUGUUUAGGGUUGAUUGAAGAUGGCUUCAAAACUGUUAUUGGCGGUGGUUUUCGUCGUUGAUUUGAUUGCGUUUGCACUUGCUGUUGCUGCUGAGCAGAGAAGGGCUACUGCUAGACAUAAAAAAGAUGACACUACAAACUAUUGUGUCUACAAAUCAGAUGUCUCAACUGGGUUGGGUGUCGGGUCCCUGCUGCUUCUUCUGUCUAGUCAACUGCUUAUAAUGAUUGCAAGUCGAUGUAUGUGUUGUGGAAGGGCUUUAAGGCCUGGUCGUGCAAGGACCUGGUCAAUUAUUCUGUUCAUCAGCUGCUGGUAUGUUUUACUAAGUUUUAGUCCAUGUAAUUUUUAUGUGAGCUUAAUACUUCACUAUCAUAUGCAUUGUCUUCGACAAUGCUCUCGCAAGGGCUGCAAUGUAAUUCAGGCUUAGGCAAGCUUGAUAUUUUCGGACCCAAAGAAAAUUUGGUCCUUAUACUCAAAUCAUUCAAAACCAUUAUAUUCUGGUUGAUUUUCUUAGAAAGCUUUUUUCAAGUUUAACCUCAGACUUUCUUGCAAUGGUGCUAUGAGAAGUAAUCAUUCUGUCUCAAGGAUAACUUUGAUUUCAAUUAGGUAGCAGAUGGUAGAUUGAACGUCAUUCUUAAUCCAGAAUCACUUGAGCUAAUUGACACCAUCUUGGUUAUAAUUAAGUUCAAUUUUGUCAUAAUUGAACAUAUUAAGUUCCCCUAACCAUGUUCUGGUUCAAUCUUUGAUAACUGCUUGAUUUCGUAAAACGGCAGGGUCACAUUCUUCAUUGCCGAGGUCUGUUUACUUGCUGGUUCCGUGAGAAAUGCCUACCAUACUAGGUAUAGGACUGUCGUAUCAUCGAAUCCUCCAUCCUGUGAAACCUUGAGGAAAGGUGUAUUUGGUGCUGGGGCUGCGUUCAUUGUGUUCACUGGCAUUCUCUCUGAGCUUUACUAUGUGAAUUAUUCAAAGGCUGAUGAUGGGUACCUUCCAAAUAGAGAAACUGGCAUUAGGAUGGGAGCUCUAUAGUAAAGUGACACUGAUAUUUUGCUCUCUUGGAUGGAAGGUAACAAAACAGAACAAGGAAUACAUCAGCUGCGGUAGAUACUAUUUCCCUUGAUAGCUAAGGUUCAGAUAUUAUGAUAAAGAUAAGAGACUAUUUGCCAUGACAUGGUGGUUUAUACAUAGUAUACAACUAAUUCGUGCGAUUAUCCAAUGUAAAGUGAUUUGAUGUUAUGCGCUUUGAAUUGGUUGCAGUAGUUCACUUCUUAUAUACAGGCUUUUUCUCCCAUUUGACAUGGUGAUUUAUACAUAGACUAACGACUAAUUCGUGUGAUAUCCGAUGUAAAUUGUUUGACGCUAUGCGUUUCGAAUUGGUUGCAGUAGUUCACUCUUACACACAACUUUUUCUCCCCAUUUUUUCCUCUUGAUAUUUGACAUUAAUACUCCUUCCAUCCCAGAUGAUGACAUUAUAGAAGGGGAGUAUAACAGGGACAUUACAGAGUUUACUCAUCAGCUUUCUUUCUUUGAGCAAUCAAAUUACAGAAGGAAUGAUACUGUUGGAUUCUGGUAGAAGGUGUACUGUUAAUGUAGUUGCUGAUUCGCUAUUAUUAUUAUUAUUAUUAUUUUUUUUUGCAUGCAUUGCCAAUGUGAUGCCCGUACUGAAAUUCUAUUACGGGUCUCAAAGAUUGUAAUAUUUGUUGUAUUAAUAAGUAUAACAAUCAUUUUAGAACAAAGAGAUUAUUACUGUAAGUUAGAAUAGUAAAAAUGUCACAUCAUUGAUUGACCAUAUAAAGUCAUUAAAAAUAUUAGUGCACUCCAAUUGAAAAC